GUUCUCUACAAAGAUGUCCUACGAAGAGUCAGAGAUUUACACGGACAGUUAUUCCCGGGAAACAGAGAAUAUGUUCCGGGAAUUGUUGAGUCCGAUCGAGCCCCUAAUUAUGAAGAUCCAGUCGUUGUUGGUUUGGGAGAAGCCCAGUAGAAGUGCAAUUAUGUUUCUUAUCGUUCAUGGAAUAUUUUGGUUUAUAGCUAAGAAUGGAUGUCAGUUUUAUUUCUGCAUAAGUUCCAUUGCUGCCCUCAUGUUUUUUGUUUACACAUGGAGGAAAUGGAUUUGGCCAGAAAUCAGAGUUCCUCCUCCAAUACCUGAAGAUACAGAUGGAUGGACCCCUGUACAUGUUCGGCUGCUGAGCGUGCCAGAGAUUUGUCAACAUUUGGCCAAUCUGUGGAUAUUUAUGUCAAACAACAUCAGCUGUUGGCUAGCAUUCAGACAGGAUCACCAUUUCUUGUUCACCUCUCUGAACUGUUCUUUCUUGCUGUUGUUUGCUGCCUUUGGACGACUGAUAUCUGGAGUGACCCUGACCUACAUUAUAGUGAUGUCCCUGAUGUUGUGGCCCUGUGUCUUGUACAACAACUUGUUCCAGAAGAUCUACAUGGCGCUGGAGCCGUUACUGAUGAGGCUGGACUACACACUCAAAAUCAGGCCCUGGAUCUGGCGCAAUCAGCAGGCUCGGAAAACAGCAAAUUUUGGCAGUAUUGGGACAUCAACAACUCGAGACUCGGACAGCGAGUCUGAGGAACUCAUGCCAACUCGCGACCCAAAGGUCACGGCAGCACUCGCCCGGGCCAUCACAGACUCGGAGGACGAGGGGAUGGGGGUGCCAGAUAUCCCCACCCCCAGGCUGUCAAAGGAAUCCUCCAUCAACCACAGUGACGAACAUGCAGACUUUUCGGAUAACUCCGACAUUGAAUCAGAAUUUGCCAGGGGUUUGGGCCAGAUGCCUUCUUUAGAAGACCAAUUGUCAGAUGAAGAAGCGACCCCCUCUAAGCCCAGAAAAAAGAAGGAGAAGAUUCAGUUUGUGUCCUCUCAUUUCGGAGAUUCAACAGAUGAUGAACUAGAGGAUACAAGACUAGGCAGGGGCAUGAGGUUCCCAGACUUACAAGACUUGUCAUUGGUUGAAAAUUCAGCUGGAAUUCGAGAAACAGCCAAUCAGAUUGUUUCUUCUGUGAUGGGAAACGCUCUGUCAGGAAUCAAAAACUUGGCUGGUGGUAACAACAAGGAUUCAGAUGCCGUUGAUGGAACAGAGGUUAAAGUUCAAAGUUCAUCACCCCAGCAAGAAGCUUCUGAUGCCAGUGACCUUGAUAAUGAUAUUGCAGAAGAGUUUGAUUUUUUGGAGGAAUAUGAUGUUGAGCAAAGUUAGUGACAGGCAAUUAUGGAAAAAUGAUAAUUAAUCUGUGAUGAAACAGUUCUUGCUGCUCUGCAUUGGGGAAUCUCAUUGGUGAAUGAUAAUUUAUGUUAAAGUUUUCUUCAACUGCCGUGCUUUUGCCAGCAAGGUCAAUUUAUUCUACUAAAAUAUCACCUCGAAACUGUACUGUUUAAAAAUCUGCAGCAACAAAUGAAUUUGUAACUGGUCUUGAACCCUGUGUUUAGUGCACCAGUUUCUUAAUACUUUAAUUUCUUUAUAAAUUACCACUGUUGUAUAAAUGAUAUGUAUGUAUUAGAUGAGUGGUUCAAUAUUCCAUAAUUUUACACAAAUUCUGAAUGUCUUCCUUUGGGAUUAUGCAUUUUUGGUAUUUCUUUUUUAAAAAAUGAAUUCUAAUAUAUAUGCAUUUAGUACAAAGUUGUGUAUCAUUGAUGUUAUUUUUUUGUUUUUUUUUUUUAUCUUUUAAUGCACUAAUUUGAUUUUUUUUAAAAACUACUUUAUUGGAUACACAAAACAAGUGGGUAUUAGCUUGACAUGGUAAUUAACCGAUCAUCCAUACUGUACUUGACUACUAAUACUAAUUUAUUGAAUUUCAAUAUAGUGCUUUAGGUAAUGGUUAAUUAUUAGAUGUUGAAAAUGUGUUAUUAUUUUUUGUUUCUUUUAAAUUAGAACAUUUUUAAAAUUAUACAUUGUAAAUUUUUUUUAAACCCAUUUUUUUUUUCUCAAAAUGUGAUCAAACAUGAUGUUGAAAUGUAAAAUAGAAUUGUUGUAAUUGUGCCAAUCGAUGUAUGAUUUUGUGAAGGGAAAAAUACUUUACAAACACAGGUGUAAUUUAAUAUACAAAACUCAGAGAUACAAGUUCAUUCACCAAGUCUAUGUGUUAUCUGUUAUUUUUCUGCUUUUUGUACACGCAUUUUUUCAAAUAAAAAUAGAAUAGUUUUUGCAAUUUGAAGGUAGGUAUACAGUAAGUAAGUAAGUAAUUUAUUUAUUUAUAGUGACAUGUGUAUACAUUUCCAAGUGUAAUAUUAACAACAGUCAGCAUAGAUUAAACACCCGGCCCGUCGGGCCUAUAUGCCACUUUGAACACAUAAUACAUGAAAAAAGAAAAGAAAAUAACACAGCAUCAAGCGGUAAACAGAAAUAUGAUUGAAAAUAUACAUGUAUGAGUAUAAAAAUUUCUUCAGAACCUUGAGUUUGCAUAGUUUAUACAUAAUACAGUGUACGUUUAUUUUCUGAACAAUAAAGAUUGUCUACAAUUAGAGUAGCUUAUACUCACAUACAAGUCACUAAGUUAUGCCACUGUUAAAAAACCCAACCUGUCCAUCUUGAUGCAUGCGCUAUAUAUACCGGUACAUGUCUGACCCUUACAUUUCCUUGUACAUAUAUACAUAUAUCCAACCCCAAAAUAACAUAAAUUUUUUUAUCGUAUAUUGAUUUUUAUCUUCAAGUAUUUUUUUUUCAUUGAAAAUAAAAGCAGUGGUGAACAUUACAUGUAUACAUUUGUACAUGUACAUUACUAAUCUUUUUCAUUAUAUAUGUGUAACAAUGCAAAUAUUUUUUGCUUGGUCUUUGUUUAUUAAGGUAGCACUUUUUGCAAAGCUUAUGCACAAAAAUACAACUUUGAAGUACAAUUGCACAUGCAAGCUUGUUUUGAUUGGAAUCAAUUUUUUGUAAUUUACAGUUAUAUGAACAACAUUACUGGUGUAUGAAAAGAUAAGUGAUUCUCAUCAUAAAAUCUAUGUACCAGUAAUUUCAAAAAGAAAAAAAAGAUGAUUAUAAUUUAAAUAAAAAACAGGAUACAAAAUAGAUCAUUCCAAACCAUGUCUUGAUAUUUUAACAAUUUUCUAAGUCGAUGUACCAGUUACAUGUAUGAUAGUAACAACUUUGAGGGUGAAAGUAUAUACCAGCAAUUAUAUAUCCUGAGUGGUGAUAGAAAUUGCUAUUGUUAGUCUAGCAUUUAUUUAAAAGUAUUAAAGCAUUGUUUUAUUGAAAUUGUCGAUUUCAUAAUUUUAUUAGCCCCCCCCCCUCUAAACACCAUAUCUAGAUUAUGAACCUAUAAGACAGUACAUGUAUGUACCGUACAUAUCAUAUUCAAAUAUUUAGUAUACCGGUAUGUACUUACUAACAUUUUUAAGUGACUCAAUAGUUUGUUGUUUUAUUUGAUUGUUUUAUCUUGAUUUACCUGGAUAAAACGUUGACUUUGUGAUUCCCUGUAUUGUGAUUGUAUAAUAAACUCAGAGAAUAUAACUGUA